CUGUGUCAAGAGGGGGUUACAGAGGUUACAUUCAUUGUUUAUUAUUAUAUCUAUAUCAUUGUAGCCAUCAUUGAAUACAAAGAAGAAAAAAUCAGGACUUGAUUAUCAUUAUUUUAUAAAUAUGAAUACUGACAAAGUAUUAUGUCCAAUAUGUGCCAAGGAAUUUGCUUCUUCUAUUAUCGAAUCUCAUGCCAGCAAGUGUUUAUUCCUGAAUGAACCUAUAAAGGACGAAAAUGCAAUGUUGUUUAAAGAUUCCAGCCCCAGGAGUAUAAGAAGCAAACUAAAGCCAGCAAGUGCAAAAAAAACUAAUCAAAUAUCUGUUAAAAGGAAGAGUUCUUUGGACCAGUUUUCUUCCCAAAGUUUCAGGGAUGAAGAAGAUGCUAAAGAUGCACCACAGAAAAGUACAGAAAAUGAAUGCAAAAAGUUACGCGGAAACGGACGGGAUGUACCCCUCGCAGAACAAAUGAGACCUACAUCACUAUUAAACUUUGUAGGCCAAAGACAUAUCCUUGGACCUCGCACCAUACUCUCCGAACUCUUGCAAAAAGGCGAAAUACCUAAUAUGAUUCUCUGGGGUCCGCCUGGAUGUGGCAAAACGUCUUUGGCUAAUGUCAUCGCGCACAUGUGUAAAAAUGAUGCUAGUCGCAAGCUACGAUACGUUAAGCUCUCUGCUGCGAUGGCCGGUGUCCAGGAGGUAAAGGAAGUCAUUAGUAUCGCUAGUAAUCAUGCUAAAUAUGCGCAGCAUACGAUAGUGUUCAUGGAUGAGAUACACAGAUUCAACAAGAUGCAGCAAGAUGUGUUUCUACCGCAUGUCGAAUCGGGAAUCAUUACUUUGAUCGGGGCCACAACGGAAAAUCCCUCGUUCAGUUUAAAUUCUGCAUUGCUGAGUCGAUGCAGAGUGAUUGUUUUGCACAAAUUAUCUAUCGCAAAUCUGCUAUCGAUCUUGAAGCGUGCAGUAAUUUCGCUGGGAGGUAUAAUACAUGCAUCUCCGAAUAAAAGCGAAAACACUUUGCAAGAUAUCGAUGAAGAAAACACGCUAGAGAAAAACAAAGUCAUCGAGAAGGAACCAUCCUGCAAUACAAAAUUCAUUAUAGACGAACCGACAAUAGAGUGGUUGGCUGAAACUUGCGAUGGUGAUGCUCGAAUAGCGCUGGGAGGAUUAGAAAUGGCAGUACGAUGCAAAGCACCAAAUGAGAAGGAAUUUCUAGACGUUGGUCCAGCCAUAAUAACGCUUGAUGACAUUAAGGAAAGCUUAAAGAAAACGCAUAUGUUGUACGACAAGAAAGGCGAGCAACAUUAUGAUACAAUUUCUGCAUUACACAAGUCUGUCAGAGCCAGCGACGAAAAUGCUUCUCUUUAUUGGCUAACUAGAAUGAUCGCCGGCGGUGAGGAUCCGGUUUAUAUCGCGCGAAGAUUGGUGAGGAUGGCUAGCGAAGAUAUCGGUUUAGCUGAUCCGAAAGCUCUUGGAAUAGCAGUGCAUACAAUGCACGGUUGCAAAAUGAUCGGAAUGCCGGAGUGUGAUGUUCUCUUGGCACAAUGUACGACAUAUUUAGCAAGAGCACCAAAAUCCAGAUUAAUGGAAGACGCACUUAGAGCUGCUCAAAAAGUAAUAGCUGAGCAUAAGGGUCCACAACCAGGAGUGCCUUUGCAUUUAAGAAAUGCCCCCACAAGACUCAUGAAAGAUUUGGGAUAUGGUAAGGGAUAUAAUAUGAUGAACAAGGAUGAAUCUGGAUUAAGUUACCUGCCAGAGGGAUUGGAAGAUUUAGAUUUCUUUGGAGAUGAUGACGACGAUAAUUAGAAAUGCUAUGGUAAA